AUGGCAUCAGUUGCAUCGAGGCCGCCGCCGGCGCAAGGUGGCACCAUGCGAUUUACCAAUGUGCGAGAUCUGUUCAAUGCGAUCGAUUACACUGCUCGGGAUUCCCUUACCGUUAGAAGUAUAGUAUCACCCUGCCAUUUCUAUAUAAUAAGAACCCGAGAGCGUCAACGCCGCAAGUUCCGCUUUCGCUAUUACGACAGCGAUUCCCGGAUCCUCAUUAUCACGAUCCCAACUGACUCUCAUGAGCAACUCAACAAAGAGUUAUACAACGAUGCUACACGUUCAGUACAACAAGGUUAUUCUGGACGAAGGAGUAAAGAGGGUGAUUCGGCCGGUGGCCCGAAGCCUGAACGAGCUACUAAAGGUGCCUGGCCAACACUUGUUAUCGAGGCGGGAGUCUCUGAGACGUUGACGCAAUUGCGUCUAGAUAUGCGGCGGUGGUUUGAUAUGUCAAACUACGAGGUUAAGAUUGUUCUUCUUGCCAAGUUUGACGGUACCAAAAUCCUUCUAGAGAAAUGGGAGGAAGAAAUGCGAGUUCGUCCUGGAGCUACCACGACGCGACGCUCUCUUCAACACCAAGAGUCUGUACUUCGACAAAGCAUCACCAUUACCCAGGACACCACUACCGACCCGACAUCGUACCAUGUCACUAGCGGUGCACUGGUACCCUCAUUCAGAUUUCUCUUCCUUAGAGAACCGGGCCCUGGGAAGGGAGACUUCGUUAUUGGCGUUCAAGAACUGGAGGAGUACGCGGAAAAUAUCUGGAGUGUGUACUAGUAGAUUAAUUAGCAGCCAAUCAAAUUCGACAUAGCCGACCAGUCAAAAACGGGAGCCAGCGACACAGACUUAACACUCACUGACACUAUCAAUUCGACCAUCAU